AUGGUCAAAAAAGUCAUGACCAGUCGUGAUGCUCAAGCAUUAUGUCAAUCAAGCUCUUGGCUAAUUACCAGGUUUAUCAAUGCACGAAGACGGAUAGUACAGCCGAUGAUCGACCAAAGCAAUCGUGCUGGUCGGACCAACGGCGUCAACGUUUUCAAGAAUCGAAGAAGGAAAAGUAGCGGUCAAAGUCCAGGUCCGUCACCAGUUGGAAUGGCCCAUCCAGCUUUUUCAAAUCCAGCUGCGUUGGCUCCACAAAUGUUCAUGUCGAAUCCAAUGAGCCAUAUGAUGGCUCCGUACAGUGCAGCACCAACGCAAAUGGGCGCAACAAACGUCUGGGAGACUCUAAUGCCUGGUCAUAUGUCAAUGGAUGCAUGA